AUGAACUUGGUCUUAAUACCUACGUUAAAUUAUUUUCCUAUUUUAUUAAUAUUAUUAACCCAAACAAUCGCUUUUGACCAUGUAAUAAAUACAUUGAUUGAGGAAAAGAAAAUCAUAGAAAUCGCAAUUGAAAUAUCCAACAGUAACUUCAACUAUAGAAUAGAAACCGUCGUUGUUUCAAAGGAUGUUGAUGAAACGAUUAUUAAUAAAUUCCUCCAAAGCUACAAAGGAACUGUGGUGGUAGAAAUGAAGAGAGACGGACCACCUCCAAAACAAGUUGUUGUAUUCGUGGAAUCAUACUUUUCGUUUCAAAAGAUACUGGGUAUGUUGAAACCUGACCUAAAAGGAAAGUCGUUAAUGCAUAGUGGAGCUAAACUUGUCAUUAUAUUAUUGUCACACCCACACAAUCUUCAGCAAAUUAAUAGUCUCCUAUGGGACUAUUAUGCCAUUGAUGUAGUUAUAGUUGUCGAACGGAAAAUAGGAAAAAUUGCUCUAUAUACAUACUUUCCAUAUAAAAGCGAAACGGAGUGUGCUAAUGUGGAGCCCACGUUGAUCGGGUUGUGGGGUGAAAAUAUAAAUAACGAGAGCAUAUUAUUUCCAGAUAAAACGUCUAACAUGAAUCAUUGUCCUUUAUAUAUUUCCACCAAUAAAGUCUACCACCCGGCAACUGAACAUAAGAUUCCUCUUCAAAUAAUUAAGAAGACACUGCAUACUAUGCUGCGAGAUAUAUUAAAUGGCACCCUUGUGGUAAUAAACAGAAAAUAUACAAGCAUUGAUUCUGACAGUGCUAUGAGUUGGUCUGAAUCGCUUAACGACGUGAGUCGUGGAAUCGUUAAUUUAUCAACCUGCACUGUAUCGCUUGGAUUUGACAAAGGGGGUUUGUUCGACUAUUCAGUGCCAUAUUUUAGAAUACGGCUAGCUUGGAUAGGACCACCCACAACGUUCGGCUCAACACUAUGGAAACUGUUGGUACCUUUAAACGGAUAUUUAUGGCUUGUAUUGCUUAUCGUUUCUUUUAUAGUCAUAAUUAUUCCAUACAUAUCGAAGAUUCAUUGCGCUAAGCCAUUCUGCCAUCGAUAUUUUAAAAACGUUAACAAAUUGCGAAGGGUUACUUUCAGAACAUGGGGCGUCAUGGUAGGACAACCCAUACGAGUUAAACCAAGGAGAUUUCGAGAUUUUUAUAUGAUCAGUUUAUGGAUUUGGUUCACUUUUAUUGUUAGAAGCGCUUAUCAAAGCGUUUUAAUAGGAGCGUUAAAGACCGAUACCAUUAUUGGUAAUUUUCUAAAUUUACAAGAAGCUGUUGACGAUGGUUAUCAUUUCGGGGGUCGUUCAGGUAUAUUAGCGUAUUUCGAACACGAUCCAAUAAUUGAAGAUCGAUUUCAAGUAGUGCUCGAAUCAAAGUACGAUCAAACAUUUCGAGAUGUUUUAGAAAAUAAAAAGAGUUUUAUUAUUGCAAGUUCCUUAGAGUACGCGUGGACAUUAUGUUUGGCCGAAGCUAUAAGCGAAAAAGAUUGUGGCUAUGUAUUGCCCGAUUCAAUACUAAUGGUACCCUUAGUAGUUUGGAUGAAGAAAAAUUCACCAUUCGUCCGGCCAUUAUCUGUGUGGUUACCACGAUUGAUAGAAAGCGGAUUGUUGAUUAAAGACGCAGAACAAAAACCACUACAGGAUAUUAUUACAUCGGAUCCUACGCCUCUCACUAUGAAACAAGCUGUUAGCUGUUUCCUAUUACUCAUUCUGGGUUUUAGUUUAUCUACUUUAGUAUUUAUUCUAGAAUUAUUAAACAAGCAGUCUUGUUACAAAAGAAUUGUUCAUACCUACACUCAUUAG